UUUUUUACAAAAAAAAAUCUAGAAAAAUACAAUCCAAAUACAAGUCUGUCAAGCCUUCUUGUUUGCCUAAAUCCAGAACGUUAAGUAUUGAAAAAAAUACACCACAUUAAGGAUUUAUGUACUUGUAAAUCCGUCUUGCUGCACAAAGUCAUUAACCAAUGACUGAACGUUCGUGUAACACAACCGUACAAUUGAACCAAUAAGUCGCCGGUUCCACAUAUGUUACUAAGAAACAAAUGAAUUCAACCCGUACUACUACAAAUUGAUGCCACUAUUGCUUACAAUUAGUCACUAGAACUUCGGGACAUCACUUGGAGAGAACCCCCCACCAGUCCUACUUGAUUAUGCGAUCGAACAGUUGACACCUUUAUUUCCAUCAGGAUGUAGCAGCAGUCUUCUUUGAUUUCCUGCUCCCGUGAACAUUGGUGUACAAGGCAUUUAUACGGAAAGGAGGGAGGGAGGGGGGAAGAUAAAGGGGCUGUGGUUAGGAAGGAGGAGGAGAGCACGACACGUUACGUUGAUCAAAUAAAAUAUUGUUGGAAAAGAAAGAUGGACAGAGAAAAGUGACGUGCAAUAUUUUGCUUCCGUGCAAUUGGUGCCACAGUGCCUGCCGCUAAGAGCCGGUGGUUCCCCGGAAUUGAAUCAUUUAGCAGACGACUUCCGUUAAAAUGAAAACUUCGUGCCGAAAAGAUACUGCUCUGUUAAGCAGAAAAACGCAUACCACUCAUUAUUACGUGGUCAGCUCUCUGGAGCAAUUUCUAGCGAUUACUCUCCGAAUUUGGACUCGUCUUAGUUCUCGUUAUGCUGGAAAUCGGCAUAAUCCUCCUCCAACAACCGUCUCUUUACAAACUCUCUGCAUGUCGCCCGCUCUCUUCCUCGUCAAAUGAGAAAACCAGUAAGAAACAGAAGCUAAGACAAAAUUAUCAUCCUCGAGCAAGAACCAAACUCCGAUUCCCAGCACCAAAUCCCACUCCACUCUUAGCCAAGAACUACCCCCGUACGAAACUCCAAGCCCUCGAGUUUGUCAUUAACGAAAUAGAAUCCUCAAUAGAAAAGGGCAUUGAAGUUAAUGAUACCCAUAUCUUCGCUUCGCUUUUGGAAACUUGCUUUGACUUACAUGCCUUUGAUCAUGCUCUUCGAAUCCGCCGACUUAUACCUGAUAAACUUCUGCGCAAAAAUGCGGGCAUUUCGUCAAAGCUCAUCAGAUUAUGUGCUCUCAACGGGCAGUUGGACGAAGCUCACCACCUGUUCGAUCAAAUGCCUAAGCGUCAUGAAUCGGCUUUUCCAUGGAAUUCACUGAUAGCCGGCUAUGCUGAAAAGGGUUUGCACGAAGAUGCAUUGGCAUUGUACUUUCAGAUGGUUGAAGAGGGCUUGGAGCCUGAUCGGCACACGUUUCCUCGCGUGCUGAAAGCUUGCGGAGGCAUUGGGUUGAUCCAAGUUGGCGAGGAAGUUCAUCGCCAUGUAAUCCGUUAUGGGUUUGGGAAUGAUGGCUUUGCCCUUAAUGCACUAGUCGAUAUGUAUGCUAAAUGUGGCGACAUUGUUAAGGCUCGAAAAGUCUUCGACAGAAUCGUGGAUAAGGACUUGGUUUCCUGGAAUUCAAUGCUAAGUGGAUACGCUCGACAUGAGCUUAUAACGGAGGCACUUGAUAUAUUUGUGUCGAUGGUGCGCGAGGGGCUUGAACCCGACUCGGUUACUUUGUCAUCACUUAUUUCAAGCGUGUCGUCCUCGAGACUCGGAACUCAAAUUCACGGAUGGGUUCUUCGUCAUGGAAUCGAAUGGGAUUUGUCUACAGCCAACUCUUUGAUUGCUUUUUACUCCAAUUGCAAUAAGCUGGAGGAAGCGCGGUGGUUGUUUGAACACAUGCCUGAGAAGGAUUUAAUUUCUUGGAACUCGAUAAUUUUUGCUCAUAGUAGAAAUGCCGAAGCUUUAUUUUACUUUGAGCAAAUGGUAGAAGCUAAUGCCUCACCAGACGCUAUCACAUUUGUGUCUUUGUUGUCCGCUUGUGCUCGUAUGGGUUUGGUAGAAGACGGACAGAGGCUUUUUAGGAUGAUGAGGAGUGACUACGGAGUCGGGCCAAUUAUGGAGCACUAUGCAUGCAUGGUUAAUCUUUAUGGAAGGGCGGGACUGAUCGAUGAAGCUUAUGACUUUAUCGUGAAUAGAAUGGAUACUGAGGCCGGUCCAACUGUUUGGGGAGCAUUACUCUAUGGUUGCUACCUUCACGGAAGCGUCGACUUGGCUGAGAUUGCUGCGACAGCAUUGUUUGAGUUGGAGCCAGAUAAUGAGCAUAAUUUUGAGCUUUUGAUGAGGAUUUAUGUGAGUGCAGGGCGCUUUGAUGAUGUUAAAAAAGUUAAAGCAAUGAUGUUAGAAAGAGGAUUGAAUUUGUAGAGCAGCUGAAUAUGUUCUUCUGAAAUUUUUAGGAACACCACAGGUUAGUGGGAGGUUCAACUCCUUUCAAGCAAGUAUAUCUCUUUGCUCAUUAUAGUUGGAUCAUCGAAUGCAUUUCUUCUCAAGUCAGCAGCAGGAGCAAAUCUUGUAUGGCUCUCAAAACACAUACAACAAUAAUAUCGUGCUAGCAUAGUCUCCUAGAGGACGCAUGAUCAAAAGAUGGCUUUCCAAGCACGUGGGAACUGGUGUGGAUGGGGAAAAAAAA